GCUCGGUGGCAGCCUUGCCUGGCUCCCCUGCCGUCCUGCAGCCCCCGGCCAGCAUGGUGGUCCUGAAUCCAAUGACCCUGGGAAUUUAUCUUCAGCUUUUCCUGCGCUCCAUCGUGUCUCAACCAGCAUUCAUUAGCAGCGUCCUCCCCAUCUCGGCAGCCCUUCCCGGCCUGGAUCAGAAGAAGCGAGGCAGCCACAGGGCAUGCUGCCUGCUGACGCCGCCUCCGCCGCCGCUCUUCCCGCCGCCCUUCUUCCGAGGGGGCCGAAGCUCGCUUCUCUCCCCAGACGUGAAGAAUCUCCUCCUGGAACUCGAGACUUCGCAGCCCCCCUGCGUGCAAGGCCCACCUGGCUCCCCUGGACCGCCUGGCCUGCAGGGUCCACCUGGGAUUCCUGGCAAGACAGGACCAAAGGGAGAAAAGGGGGAGCUUGGCCGACCAGGAAGGAAGGGUAGACCUGGCCCUCCAGGUGCUCCUGGCAUGCCUGGGCCCAUUGGCGGGCCAGGCCCAGAAGGACCCAGGGGUGAAAAAGGUGACCUGGGGAUGAUGGGCUUGCCAGGGUCCAGAGGCCCCAUGGGCUCCAAGGGCUACCCUGGAUCAAGAGGGGAGAAGGGAUCCAGAGGCGAAAGAGGCGACCUGGGUCCCAAAGGAGAAAAGGGCUUCCCAGGAUUUCCAGGAAUGUUGGGACAGAAGGGUGAGAUGGGCCCAAAGGGGGAACCUGGAAUAGCAGGACACCGAGGACCCACUGGGAGACCUGGGAAACGAGGCAAGCAGGGACAAAAAGGAGACAAUGGACUUAUGGGCCCAUCCGGCAAGCCUGGACCUCCUGGUCAGCCUGGCAGCCCGGGGCCUCGUGGGCCGCCAGGCACCCCCUCUGCAGGACAGCUCGUCAUGGGACCCAAGGGGGAAAGAGGCUUUCCUGGGCCUCCGGGAAGAUGCCUUUGUGGCCCCCCACUGAGUGUGAACAACCCUUCUUCUGGGGACUCCGUGUACGGGUCCAGCUCCCCCCGAGUUCCUGUGAUUUUUGUGGUCAACAACCAGGAAGAGCUGGAGAGGUUGAGCACCCACAAUGCCAUCGCCUUCCGCCGAGACCAGAGGUCGCUGUACUUCAAGGACAGCCUUGGCUGGCUGCCUAUCCAGCUGACGCCAUUCUACCCUGUGGAUUACACCGCAGAACAUCGUGGCACCUGUGGGGAUGGGGUUCUGCAGGCCGGGGAGGAGUGUGACGACGGUAACGCCGAUGUGGGCGACGAUUGCAUCUACUGUCACCGGGCCUACUGUGGAGACGGGCACCGGCACGAGGGCGUGGAGGCCUGCGACGGCUCAGACUUUGGCCAGCUGACGUGCGAGACCUAUCUCCCCGGAUCGUAUGGAGACCUGCGCUGCACGCAGUACUGCUACAUCGACUCCACGCCCUGCCGCUACUUCACGUGAGGGCAGAAGGACGGGUGGGCCGCCCCCCACGGCACCAGCUGCAGCU